GCUGACACGUCUUUCCCCAUUGCCCGAAGACGCUUUAAAGUGGCGAUCAGUUGCCGUCCCGAGCCGAUUCAGAUCAUCGCACGAUCCUCUUUAAUCUUCGCUCUUUCUUCUGGAGAAGGCCAGUUUCAAGCUGCCGAAUGUCUCUGUUUCUCCAUUUCAGCUCGCACCUUCUUUCCAGACCCCUCAAAGCGGCUGUCACGACCAUGACUCUGUGCAUGCUGUUCUGA